AUGUCUAGUCACAACUCUUUCUCAAGUUUCUAUUCAGCACUUCCUCACCAACCAUCUUUUCGCUUCUCACUAAGAGCCAAAACCACACCAGUCAGAGAAACUAUUCAUGGAGAAUCGACGCUCAAGGUCCCGGUUUAUUUUCCUCCUCGUCUGACAUCUUUACCUAGUCGCACCAAACCAGAUCAAUCAUUAAGCCUUAAUUCAUCAAACACACCUUCAAAACAUAUUGGAACAUCUAGCUAUGUACCAAUAUUAUCUUUACCACAACGUCAGGAUGAUGUGAUAAUGCAAGGGAUAUUACUUUGUGUGUGCGAAAUGGGAAGACAUAGAAAGAAAUCUCAAGAUUUUGACGAACUCAAAGAACGUCAGAGGCAAGGAAGACUAGAAUGGCAAGAAUUAAACGCAAAGCUAGUAUCCAAUCAAAUUGAACUAUACCAACAAACCGAUAAUAAAAUAGUGCAUCGAAUUCCUCUCGCUUCAAAACAUUGCAUUGCCUACCUCACCAUAGUAUCACCUCAAGAUUGCUGUUGGAGUCUUGAGAUCAAACCUAGAAUGUCGAUCCACCAAGGACUCGGGUCAUCCACUGGGCGCUAUCUUUUCAUGUCCCGUAAGAUAGAACAGUCACGGGAAUGGUACACAGCUAUUUACCGCACUUUGGGUGUUCAUUCAAGGACACCGAUGCCUUUACUGGUACAAGUCAGUGUGCCGCUGUGUGAUCUAAAAACACAUUUCUUGGAGCUCAAGCCUCGGAAUCACCCAAUAAAAGAACUUGGGGUUUGGUUUGAAGAUGAAGUUGUAUGGUUACGCAAAAAAAAUCAACAAAUACCUAUUUAUUGCCUCCAGUCCGGUUCGUUUCUGUUCCUGAUCGACCUCAACAAAGCUCUCUUGUGGAACAAUCCCUAUCAUGGACAUAGGCCUCGGUUUACUCGUUUCUCUCUUGCUACUUAUUUGAGCGCAGGAACUGCUAGCAUUCGGGAACAUUUGGGAGCAAAUUCAAUGUGUUCUCUCCCAAACCCCAGUGAUUUUGACCGACGAAUGAGUAAUAUGCUGGCUGCAUUUGCUGUAUUUGAUUUAAGCCGUGUGCAGAAUAUCAACAUUGGAUCCCACAGAAACAUUAAAAUCCACACACUUAAUGAUUCACUCGAGUUACAAGCAUCUUCAGAUCACACACUGCGGGAAUGGGUAAUAAGAUUACAACAAGGAUCUCAAUACUCAACUCUAUCCAAUGAUAGAGUACAGCGCCAUGAGAUAUAUUCAGAUCUUAUCUGGAAAGCAAGUAUGCUGUAUGUUAAGCAAGGUCGCCGUAGUACCUUCAAACAGUAUUUGUGCGUCCUAACACGGCAUCGCGGAUUGAUUUUGUUUGACAAGUACAGACGGUCAUCAUGGACAAGUAAACCAAAGUCUGAACCAAUCUAUCGUCGGUCCCCAAAGACUGUAUAUAUUAGUAAUGCGUAUGUUUACACCAGUCCAUCUUGUGUGAAAGAUAUGAUUAGAACAAAAGCAAGGAACCAGAAAACUCCUCCUAAGAUGUUUGAGGAUGGAAUGACAGAGGGUACGCACGCAAUCCAGCUUCUAUUUGUAGUCUACCAGCCACCAAAUCCAAAAGAUUCCUGGAUCCAUCAAAAGCUCUCUGGUAGACGUGUCUGGGUGUUCCAAGCAAAAGACAAGGAAGAGAAGGAGGCUUGGGUAUGGGCACUCGAUCAGGCAAAGAAAUUAUAG